ACAUCGCCAGCUGAUAUACUUCGCGGCGCACGCAGGACAUUUGGUGACGUUUUUGUGUAGGCGGUGCAAAUUGCAACUCUUUGAAGUUUAGAAACGGUGCUCUGAUAAAGCAAGCCUUCGUCUGAAUUGUAUUGCUCUGCAGUUCGAAAACAAAAUGUUCAAAUUAUCACUGAAAAGAUAUGCGUCAUUGCUAUUCUUUCAAAUGGUGUUUCUCUUUGUGGAUUUAGGGAUCAACAGUUUCUCUUAUUUGGCUCGAGGAGAUAAAGUGUCCAUUAUUUUCCUGUUCUUAGCCCAAGAUGUAUGCUUGAUUUUAUCGCUAACAGCAAUUAUCUUCAGUUUAUACUCGACAUACGUCUAUCAGGCUGGUAUGGCGCACUUGUUACAUGAGAAAUUCCGGGUUCCAUUGCUAGUUGCCAUGGCAUAUUUUCUUCUUUGCAUCAGUCUUCACGCUUGGCAAAUCAUUGAUCAUAAUAAAUCGCCAUAUCUUUUCCAAUGGCCAAAAGCUUUGACUGCAUUGUUCAUCGUGCAAAGAUUAUUCUCGCCACUUUACUAUUACCUAUACAAGAGAUCGGCGCUAAAGAUGAGUGACCCUCGUUAUUAUGAGAACUUGGAUUGGAUCGCUUCCCAACUGGCCAUUAAGUAAAGAGCUACCAACAAGCGCGCUCAUUUUUGCAUGCUUCAGUUGCAAUUGUGCUAUUUGUUAUGUUUUUGAUUGCUGGUCAUCCAAUAGAAAACGAGAUGUUCCUACACGUGAAGUGAUGGUUACUCAAAGUCACGCAAGCACAGGUGAAUUAAUGUCAUGCUGUAUAAUGACGUAAUAUGGAUGCACAGGAUUGUGAUUAUCAAUUGGCGCACAAAACUGUUCACUCAGUUACGUGAUCGACUUGCACAUCACAUGGAGUAGAUUUUGGAAUUAUGUUGAUAUUUCGAACAGCGGAGAAAUUGUAAUAGUGAAACUGGUUAUAACAAUAGACAUAACGUUUAUUGUUUGUAGAACAUAUCAAUAAAGUUAAUUUGAAUCUAUUUUUCAAGUAAGUUUAAGACUGUUAA